GGUUGCCAGGAGCCCGCUGCUCUCUGGCGGGGAGCGCCGCGGCGCGCUCUGUGCAGGGAACCUGGGUGCGCUGGGCCCGCCAGCAACGUAUCCACGCUCCUUGGGGGCCUCGUAGCAGCACAAUAUUAAGAUGGAGGACUAUGAGAAGUUCUGUGAAAAGCAUCUUGCAAGGAUCCAAGGAGAGUCGAUUCAAAGGGAAACCUCUUCAUCUGCUCAUAAGAAUAUCUCACUUAUUAAAUUCCAUGGCAUUCCUGUGCUUUCACCUCUGCUGAGUCUUGAGAGAAAAAAGGAAAUGCACCAGGAUAAACAAAAAGCACUUGAUGUAGAGAUCUGGAAACAGAAUUCCAGGAAAAGAGCUUUACUGAAUCGUGUUCAGGAGAUCCUGGAAAAUGUGCAGGUCAGAAAGGUGUCUAGUAUGAGCGAUUUGGAUCAGUGGGAGCAUGAGAGUGGUCACUCUAAUUCAGAAUCAAAAGCCUCAAAUGGCUUCACAAUGCUAUCAAACAUCAAUUUGCCAAGUUCUAUUGCAUGCUAUGGUACUACAGACCUUGAAAAAACAUUGGAAAUUAUGCCAGCAGAUACUGUUAUCCAGGUUACAUCAAGUGGAAUAGACUCAGUUAGAGGCACAGAAGAACAUAUUCCUCCUGAACAAAGUGAGAGCAACCUCUCAGAAAACAUUGCUUGCCCAAAGGUUACAUCUCCUGAUAAAACACAAAAUAUGACUACUUCAAAUGCACAUGUAAACCAAGAGCAUAUGGAGGUGCCACCAGCUGGUGAGGAAGUACCUGAUCCUUAUGUAAUGAGUCUUCAAAACCUUCUGAAAAAGUCUAGGGAGUACAUAGAGAGAGAGCAAACCAGACGUAGCAUAAGAAGUAAUUCAAAAAGAAGUGUUAAUGAAAGUCAUUCUGAUAAAGAAAAUGACGCAGUUAAAACAAAUGUGUCUGGGAAAGAGAGAGCGAGGUUUACAGGCAGGAGUUGUACUCCUCUGACACUUGAUAAACCAAGUCUUAAUAAAUCAAAUAUUCUUCUCCAAGGUGCCUCUGCCCAAAUAAAUAGCGUGAGUACAUCAGCUUCACCCAGUUUUUCUAAAGUGGAUAUACCUACCAGAGCUGGAACACCCCCAGUUUUGGAUUCGGAUUCAGAUGAAGAAUUUAAAAAUAUCUCUACCUUUGAUCACGAUAGUAGUAUUGUCAGAAGCCUUACAGGUUCUUAUGCCAAAUUACCCAGCCCAGAGCCAAGUAUGAGCCCUAAAAUGCACCGAAGACGUCCAAGACCUUCAUCAAUGGGACACAUAGUUAUCAAUAACCCUGUGAAUGCCUAUGAAUUAAGCCCUAUAAACAAGGGAAGAGCAAUUGACUUGAUCAUACAAGAUGUUACUGACCAAACCAAUGCAUCUGAACCUGUGCCAAAAUUCACUGCUGACAUCACUGCAGUUUGUUCUAGCAAAGCUCAUGUCAACAAGAAUUCUUCAGAGACGUCAAAUCACAUGUGUCAGCAUUCCAUUAGUCAACUAGAGAGCAAAGGAAUGAUGGUGUCUUCCAUAAUGGAGGGAAAACUGGAUAGUAGAAGGCCAUACAAAAUGGACAGUACUACUUGUACUGCAACUCCAAAAUUGCAUGAGUCGUAUGCAGUCAGUCAGUCGAUGGUGACUCAAAAGCUCGUAACUAUGAAUGGAAUCAAGCCAGAUAGUUUAUUAGAAAAGACCAAAAGUAAUUCACCCGUGGAACUCAAUAAAUCUUAUGAUGUAGAAAAUCCAUCUCCAUUACUGAUGCAAAGCCAGAAUAAGCAUCAGCAAAUGGAUACUCCAAAUGUUUCUUCUGGAAAUGAACAUUUUGUAGAAAAUGGUUUCGAAAAAGUGAAACGUAGGCUUGAUUUGGAUAUUGAUAGCUCACAGAAAGAGAACAACCCAUAUGUUUUAACAGAUGGAACAGAAGAACAAGAGAAGUGGAGGUUGCAAGAGCGAAGAUGCCCCAUAGGAUCUGUUUAUGAUAACAAGAAUGAAACCUCAGGCAGUAGUACCAACGAAGAAGAGAUUUUGAAAAAUAAACUCUUGGCUUUUGAAGAAAUGAGAAAGAGACUUGAAGAGCAGCAUGCACAACAACUAUCAGUACUGAUAGCUGAACAAGAGAGAGAACAGGAGAGAUUGCAGAAGACUUUUAAUCUGCAGGAGAUAGAAGAGCAGGAGAGAAGGUUAAAAGGAAAGAAGAGUGCUACAGCAGACAUAGAAAUACCCAAAAUGACCAUUAGCAGUGGGAUGGAACUGCAGUGGAGAAAAAUAAGCGAAAGUGGCUUGUUGGAAACAAUGCUGACUCAAGUGGAGACAAUCCAUAACACAAACUCGAACAGCACUGGUAAAAGUUUUGCCAACACUACCAUGCCCAGUAGUUUUGGUUCAACAAAUGAAGCUCCAUUCUACCUCUGGGGACCAUCUGGUAGUGGAAUGUCAAAAAUAUCAGCAUCCAGGCUUAUUAGGGCCAAAACCAGGUGGUCUCAGGCCUUCAAUCCAGAGAUGCAAGUGAAGUUCAGUAAGAUCACUGCCUUGGCAAAGGGAUUUCUGACUCGUAGGCUCAUGCAAACAGAAAAAUUGAAAUAUCUUAGGCAAACUGUAAAAGAUACUAUGGAGUUCAUAAAAAAUUUUCAGUCUGAAGCUCCCUUAAAGAGAGGAACUGUUUCGGCGCAAGAUGCAUCCCUACAAGAAAGAGUGAUGGCUCAACUGCGAGCUGCGCUGUAUGACAUCCAUGAUAUAUUCUUUAUAAUGGAAGUAUCUGAAAGAAUGAAUAUUCUGCGUCAUGAUCGUGAAGUUCGCAAAGAGAAAAUGCUGAGGCAAAUGGCUAAAAUAAAGACUCCACGAGAGAGGGUGACACUUUCAACAGCUACACAGAAGUCUCUGGAUAGGAAGAAGUACAUGAAAGCUGCAGAAAUGGGAAUGCCAAAUAAAAAAUUAAUCAUAAAACAAAAUACUCCUGAAGCAAGAGUACUUCAGCCAAAUCAAGGACAAAAUACUCCAGUUCAUAGGCUUCUUUGCAGGCAAGGAACCCCUAAGACCUCAAUGAAGGGGGUUGAGCAAAAUAGAAAGAAGUCCUCAGAGAGCAGAGUGCCUAACAAGGCAACUUCAGUUAUAGGUGUUUUGGAGUAGCAGGAAAGCAAGGGGAACACUUACUGAGGAAGAAAAUGCUAUAAUGUAUAGUUAUUUACAAGCCUUUUUACAACUCGAAUAACCUGUUUUAUUCAUACAUUUUAAGGUAUUUGAGAGAGAGAAUAAAUUAUGAAAAUAUUAAUUUUUAAAUACAUCUAUUUAAAAGCAUAUUUGAACAAGUUUGUGUAUUCCUGUCUUUAAAAUUUUGGGUUUUUAUUGGACAAUUCUUUUAUAAAAAGAACAGUCACAAUCACAGAAUGUUAACUUUAUGUUUCUGCUUUAUUUUUAGGAGUAUAUGCAGGAAGAAUCCAAAGAAAGAAGCCAAAUGUUGUGACAAUUUAAGACGACAGCACUCGCUCGGAUAAAAAAAAAAAAAAAGCUAUUUUAAUGCAAUAGUCUCUUCAGCAUUGGUUCAGAUCUUGCAUCUCCUAUAUGUAUGCUGUGAAUUGACAAAUGUACACAUUUAACAUAUUUUGCAUAUUUUAAGGACAUACAGUAGGUUUUUAUGGAAUGAUGUUAAAGUAAUGGAGAGGGCUACAAAUAAGUUCAGUUCUUAUACUCAUGAAAACAAAUUGCAUGUUACAAACCUGUUAGGUAUUCAGAUUACUGCAUACAUAUGUCCACAUUCAAAAUGCUCUGCUGUAGAGAAGAAUAUAGUGCAACAUUGUUUAUUUCUAUCUUUUUGCCAUCUCUGACUUAUUCUUGUAUAUGUCAUGCACUUUUUUGUACUAUAGGAAAUAUAUUUACAAUUGCAGUUCAUACACAUUAGUCUGUAUAACUGAUUUCCUAUGUGUACAUAUUUUAGCCUUUUACCAUAAAAUUAGAGAAGUAGAAAAGAUAAUUUAUUCAACUGUAACAAUACUGUGCGUUUUUCCUCUGUGUAUUUGUUUGAGAGCAGCAUCGCUGGGUGUAUCAUUACAUAUGAGUGUGCUAACCUCUCAAUUUAAAUACUAAUGACUGAUAUUGUUACACUCAUUUCUGUUGACUGUUUGCAGACAUGGAUCUGAGUUAAUUGCUGGCAUAAAUGUGCAAUUCUAUUUACAUGAAUGAAGUCCCACCUGUUCUCACGGGUGGUGAAUUUAGGCCACUAUGAUGAAACAUUCCAGGCAAUUUUUCCUCCAUACUGUUCACUGCAUUUUCUAAUUCCAAACUACAUUUUGAUCAAGAUGAAGUAUAAUUAAGAUGUAGCAAUUCUAUGACACUGUACAAGAGUUCCAGAAGGAAAGACUUUAAUUGUCCUCAGCAAUCAUACAGAUGACUGUUUCACACCAUUGUGUGUCUUAAGGUUUUAUUUUUGACAUUCCUAGAACUACUUUACUGUCUAAACAAGUAACUUGGAACAGUUUUUUAUAAAAAAUAAUACUGUCAUCAGUAACAGAUCCAAGCACUGAAGCCAUGCUUCCAUGUUCUGAGUCCCUAAAACUUUGCAAGACUUAACCUCCAAAACACAUGCUCCUGUUUGCCCCUGUCUUUUUGGCUAUUUCAGCCAUUAUGUAUGAAUAUGCUUCUUUAAAAAGAGGCUGCUUAGUAAUUUUAAUCUUGAUAAUGAGCUUCUUUGAAUCUUUCCUUGGUUUUCAAAUAAAAUAGAGAAAAUCUUGCCCCUGUGUAUAUCCAUCCUUAAAGGCAGGUAUUAUUCAGUCAAUAGCAUACUUCUGUAUCCCCACAGCUUUAAGGGUGGUAGAGAGGAGGACUGUUUAAACAAAAUAAAGGGUACGUAUUUAAUGAAAAUGUCAAAUUUUACUGUUUCACUAGUAUAAAUUUGCUAUAACUCUUAACUUUGGUGGAGUUAAUCCAGGUGGACAUUGGUAUAACAGCAGACUUGACCCAAAAUAUUAUCAAUAUUCAUUAAAUAUCUCAAUAUAAAAAUUAAAUAGGUGGAAGGAAAAAUGCCUUAAUACAAAAAUGCAUGUAUGAAUUAACAGAACUUGUUUGGGGAUGGCCUUAAACCUACAAGUUAUGGUUUGCAUCUACAAAUCAGUACCUUAUCCUGUACCUUUUGUUGCAUUAUUAUAAGCAAAUGUUACUUAUCAUGCAGUAUUUUAAACUGAGCCAGACAUGUACUUGAAAAAGAGGCAAUACUAAUAUGAAGAAAUAUUUAGAGGAGUAACAGAGUACUCAGUGGUUGUGUACUGUGGUCCUAUUUGAAGGCUCUGAGGCAGAUCCUCAGCUGGUGUUAAUUUACACCAGCUGAAGACCUGCACUUCUCUGUUUAAACACUAUUAUUCUUUAGUUUCCCACCAUAAUACAAAGAUUUAUUAUGAUAAUCUGAAUUUCUUGGAUUCCUAGUCAUUUUCAAAACUUUAUUUUUGUUCUUAAAUUUUGCAUUACUCUACUGUUAGUCUUUUAGAGGAAAACAUUUCAGGAAUAACAACGUUAGAAUGACAAGUGAAAUGCAUCAUAUUUUAUUAAGAAUUCUAGACUACCUUGCAGGUGGUAACGUUAGACUAGCUUACUUCCUGUUGUAUGUUAGUGCUAAAAUUGAUUGUAGAUGUUUUCUGUACUGUUAAUUGGCAUUUGAGGCAAUACAUAAAAAGUAGGCUUAGUCUAAAUAUUUAAAAAAUGAAUGUUCAACUUUUGUUCAGGUUUCUUAACUAAACCUUUUUUACUUUAAGAAUGUUUCAAAGUUUGUGUACUAAAAUAUCAUAGCAAAAUUUUUUUAACUUUCAUAAGGCCUUCUUGACAAGUGCCAGAAUUUUUUUGUAAUUUGAUAUAUUUUGUAUUUAUUUAUACAUAUUUAAUUUUCAAUUCACUUUAUUUUUGUGGAAUGUAAUGUCAUUAUUAUGAA